CGCUCGCAUCGCCGCGGCGCUUUCCGGCCGAGCUCAUUUUUUCUGCCCCCGCACCACGCCCGGCUGCGUUUCGGAGAUCAGGUAGGAAGCGGAGCCCUGCUAGCGCUAGCGAGUGAGGAGCCGCGCGAACGAGGGUUUUUUAUCCGAAUCCCAUGGCCGGCGCCGGGGCGGACGGGGAGCGCCGGAUCGGCGUGGCGAUGGACUACUCGGACAGCUCCAAGAAGGCGCUGGCGUGGGCCGUCGACAACCUGCUCCGCCACGGGGACACCCUCGUCGUCCUCCACGUCCUGCACCACGGCGGGGAGGAGGCCAAGCACACGCUCUGGGCCAAGUCCGGAUCCCCGCUGAUCCCUCUCUCCGAGUUCCGGGAGCCCGAGGUGAUGAAGAACUACGGCGUCAAAGCCGACGCCGAGGUGCUCGACAUGAUCGACACGGCGGCGCGCCAGAAGCAGCUCAAGGUGGUGGCCAAGCUUUACUGGGGCGACGCCAGGGAGAAGAUCUGCGACGGCGUCGAGGAGCUCAAGAUCGACUCCCUCGUCAUGGGCAGCCGCGGCCUCGGCCCGAUCCAGAGGAUCCUUUUGGGAAGUGUGACAAACUACGUGCUGUCGCACGCAUCGUGCCCGGUGACAGUCGUCAAGGGGAAGUAAUGACCCGGCCAACCUACCAGCUAUAUGAUCGAGGAUGGUAGCAUGCAGUUUGUGUGGAUUAAGCACUGUGAAUCUGUGAUCGGUGUUGUUACCGCAUUUGAAUAAAGUGUGGCUUUUUAUUAUUUGCGAUGCCGCAGCUUUCAGAAACCCUGUCGAUCUCUAGUCUUUGAACGCUACUAGUACUAGUGCUCUCUAGUCUUAAUUAUUCAGAUCGAAUUUGAGGGGUUUUUUUUUUAAGAAAUCGAAUUUGAGGUUUCAUGCCUUGUUUUUUUA